UAGGAAGAAGACGACGAUCGAAUCGAAUCUCAAUUUCCCGGCUUUCUUUCUUCAUCAUUUGACAAUGGCUUCUGCCUGCAAUAGAUUCAUGAACAGAUCUCUGAGAUCCGCCAUCAGAUCUUCGCUCCACAAAUCUCCAAUCGGCACCGGGUCUCCACCGAGUGCUUCCUCCGCCGGAUUUCGAAUCCCGUCUAAACCCGCCGCUUCUCCACGAUUCUCCUUCUCCAGGUGUCCGUCUGAGCUUGGAUGUGUUCAGUCGCUUUUACCGCUACACAGCACGGUGGCGGCUGCGAGGCUGACGUCAUGCCUAAGCGUAACAUCAAGAAGCAGCCGAGCUCUCUCUCAGGGUACUCUCUGCUGCACCUCUCCCGACCUUUGAUACUCUCUUUUCUGCUACUUUUUCUGCUUGCACAUAAUUUUCACCGUUACCAUGUGGAAUCCUUGCACCUUUAUCAAAUGGAAUCGAUGGCACGUGAGACUAUUUGCAGUUGUUUUUUAAAGAGAUGGGUCUUUCAGUCCCAAGGUGAGCUGAUACAUUCAUGAAGAGUAUUACCUAUCAAGGGAGGCAAGCUUCUUCUCUUAAACUUUGAGACAAUAAGUUCAUUUUUUUGUCUAAACCCUUGUUUCUAAAUUCAUGAAUAAAAAAUAUGUAAUACUAUUAUUCCUCUUCUUAACACGAUUCCUCUCUCAUUUUGUAGCCAUGUUUGAUUCCAUAACUAGUUUUAACAUUGUGUUAACAUAACCAAAAGCUCGAAACUUAAAUGAUACUAAGUUGUAUUGCAAAACUUUGCUCUUGAAUCCAGCUAGAGCCAACUUCUUU